AUGUGUUCCCUUAAUAUCGCCCUGAUUGUCCUGUUGACGAUUGUUGUACGCACUAUUGGUUAUGAGUGCGACAGAUCCGCCACGGUAUGCGAGACGACUCUCGUUAUCACACACAGCCAGACGAUGUUGCACGACACUGCGUCACAGGUUUACCCAGCCAAUGGAAAGCUGUAUAGGUAUGACGAUGUGAAUCAAACCACCGCUAUUCCUGCUGAUGAAGUUAUGACCGCUGAUGGAUGGGAAGACAAUAGACUAGUUGUUGUUGCGAAUGAAAGCCUUCCAGGCCCGCCGAUUAUAGUUUAUGUGGGACAAAGGGUCAAAGUUCGUGUCAUCAACAUGCUACCAUCAGAUACUGUGACAAUACACUGGCAUGGUUUACCUUUGUAUGGAAGGCCGUGGAUGGAUGGUACUCCUUUCUUGACUCAAUGCCCGAUUCUCCCUGGCCAGUCGUUUACUUACGACUUCUAUGCAGAACCCAAAGGGACACAUUGGUAUCACUCGCACGCUGGAAAUCAAAGAACGAAAGGUUUGAGCGGAGCUUUCAUUAUCAAAGAGCGGACGUCAACUGCCAGAGAGCAUAUCAUGACGAUACAAGAUUGGAAUCAUAACUGGGACGGGGAUAUGGAUUUGCAAAAGUUGAUGAAAGCUCAAGCAAAUCGUUGA